ACACCACUUCACCCCCCACUGACUGCUACAGAGCGCUGGUACGUGGUUUUUUAAAACAAGAAUAUUUAUAUCUGUGUUAACAUUAAACGGAUCGCAUGUCAGAAUUGCACUGAACUCAGCACUGCACUUCCUCGGGUAAUUUACAACAGACAAGCCAAGUGUGAAGCCGAUAAAAUGAACGGUUUGUGAGUUACACGCUUCAUAUACAGACAGAAAGACUUUUAAAUUCACUGUAACAACAACAUGUUGGUGGAUUUUGUCUCUACGCUCGAACAUUAUACAAAGACAGGUAAUAAUAUAACAGAAUAAACAACCUUUGCCUACAGGAGCAAACGUUUCACCCUCACUUAGCAUCUUGAAUAGCAGAUGACACACUGCAUAAGCUACUGUAAGACAGUAGGUGUGUCGUGUUGGAAAUGUUCUGUAUAAUUAGCUUAACAAAGAGGAUUUACAAGUCUUUUCUGUCGCUGGCAGUUCAAAGACCUGGUAAUUAUGUUCGACACAUUUAGACACAGUCACUGUCAAAGUAUAAGCUGCUGUUUUCACUGCUCUCGGGAGUUGAGAGCAAAAAAACAACGAGCGUUCCACAAAACCCGAAUCUGUGGAUGUCGGGGAAUUUUUAGAGCCGAAUUCAAAUGCACAAAUAAAUUAUGCAUGUCACAGAAAUUCUACAGUGUGGAAGCUGCAUGGUGCAUAGUCCAUGAGAAACAGGAGAAUAAUAAACAAUGUCUGUGUAUAUAAUCAAACCAGUUCUCCUGAGGUCACACGAUGGCUGUUUUCUAACUGUGUCCAGAUUAUGAUACCGAUCUGGUGAAGGUACUUUUAGUGUCUUUGUACCUGUUCUCAUGGGAAAACUUUGCUGAUGACCUGAGUUACCAGUUAGCGAAGCCUAUUUCAAUAUGAAGUACACACAGGAAUAGUUUAUGGGCAAGACACUUAUUUGCUUUCUUGUCAAGCGUUUGAUGCCAAAUAGCCAAAUACAAAGAUGGAACCAGUUAGCUUAGCCUAGCAUAGAGAUAGGAAUGGGGGGAAACUAAAUCUAAUAUGUACAACAACAGAAUUUAAACAGGUUUAUUUGUUGGCGUGGUGCAGUUACUUUACUCUAACCACCAUGAGGUCACCAGGUAACAAAUGGAGACACCGGCAAAGUCAAUGCGCCUGUUCAGGAAACAGUCACAUAACCCUGAGUUUAAUCACAAUUUUUCAUACUUAUACUCAGUUUUUGUUUGACUCCAUCAGAUGGUCACCAGAUGUGUUGACCUUUGGACAGAGCCAGGCUUCUCCGCUGUUCUCUUGUUUCCGGACUUUGCGCUAAGAGAAGCUAAACUGGCAGUCGGGACCGUGUACGAAGUAUAAUUCAUCAGUAGUUGUUCACGUUGUUAAUUUAAAAAAACGUUACUUUUGGGGGGUUGUUGCCUAAUUGCUUUCGUGUACAGAUGUAAAAUGAAUGGGCAUGGAUCUGAUAGCCGAUAAGUACGUACAAUACAGUUCAGCGCAACACAGAGAAAACUUUUUCCUUUAUCCAACGUGAGAAAUUAAAAUUGUCAGUAAGUCCAAAGAGGAAACACAAGUAUAAACUCAGGAGGCUCCAAGUCUUAAUUGACUUUAUAAAGUAGCUGUGACAGACUUCAAAGCCCACCACCCAGGGAGCGCCGAGCACUACACUUCCCAGCAUCCUCUGGGGGGCGGCGGCAGCAGCUGUGAGCUCCGGCUCGCCCGCAGCAAAGUGAUGAGAACAAGCCGAACAAGGUACAAUGAGCGGGGGGAGCGACGAGUUGUACAUUUCACCGGUGAUGCGCGGAUCUGCGGAGGAGCGCGAUGGCUGUUGAAGCUGUUCACUGCAACCUGAGCCAGAAUGGCAUCGACCACCAGAUGUGCCCGGAGGACGUGACGUCACAGCUGGAGGAAGAGGAGGAGUCCGUGGACGGGGGGGCAGUGCUGCUGGACGACGACAGCCCGAGCUACCAGGAUGUCAGCCCGCCCAUGUACCAGCGCCGCUCCCCGCCACACCGCUCUGUGUCCGAGUCCGAGCUGACACGGCCGGGGUACGUGAAGCUGUCCAAGCCCGUUGCCCUGUGGACCCAACAGGACGUGUGCAAGUGGCUGAAGAAACACUGUCCCAAUCAGCACCAGAUCUACAGCGACUCCUUCAAACAACACGACAUCACAGGGCGGGCUCUGAUGAGAUUGACGGACAGAAAGCUGGAAAGAAUGGGCAUCAUGCAGGAAGCCCAGAGGCAGCACAUCCUGCAGCAGGUCCUGCAGCUGCGGGUCCGGGAGGAAGUCAGGACCCUUCAACUUCUCACACAAGCCUCUCUGGAGUGCACUCCAUCUUCACCGUAGCCUGACGGAGCAGGAUAUCCAGUUGCAAAAGGACGCAGCCGCCCACCACCUCGCCAACAUCUUCCCAGUGUGUGAACCCCAGACUUCUUCCUGGACCGAGCACAGCUCUCCGCCUCCACACACCUUCGCUCUCUGCCCUCGGAGUCUUGAUCUGGAAAAGUACCCAUGCUUUCUUUUCUUCCCGGCCACUCCUGAGAAGCUCCCAAGUGUUCUGACUCGCAGUUUCCUCGACAACUCCUCUCAGAUUCCUGGAGUCCGACCAAUAGUUUCCAUUGCAGGAGUCUCAUCUCCAGGCAUUUGUGACCUUCGCAGCCAAACCUCCACCAGACCUCUCACGCUACAACUCCUACACUCCCCUCACACGUCCCUUUACUCCCCUCUCCCAUGCCAAAAGCCGAGCCCCAGCCAACCAGCAAUCUACCCAGAAUCCAACAUUCGCUUGGCUGUGGUUUCCUCAAAGCAUUUAAACACAACGAUGCCAUUGCCUUGCGGUUGAUAGUUUUUAGGGAACUCCCAAAGCAAAACCCCAACUCUUACAGUUACAAUAUAAUCCAUAGUCUUUUGGUUUGUCUGUGGCAUGUUAGCUCCUUCAGCGUAGCACUUUAAUGUGUGUUUUUCUCCCAUGAGUCCUCUUGUGGUGCACUGCUGAGUCUGGUUCUGCCCAACUAAGGACUUUGGGUAAUGAGACUGCUACUCUACACCUCUCCUUCCCUUUCUCCUCCUCAUUAUCUCUUCACAGACUCUACUUCAACAACCAGAGGAGGGUGACACAGUUUACACAACCACGCGUGUGUUUUUGUGCUUGUUCUCCCUCUCGUUCUGUGCAUAGACCCUGUAAACAGUGUCCGACAAAGGCCUGGUGAAGUGUCCGUGUCUCUUACCUGCUCCAUAUUGUGGAUGGCAGUAACCCUGAGAGAACUUGACUGUGGAAACAUUUAGCAGGGGGGAAUAAACACUGAACCUGGCACCACAUUAGGUACGGUUAAGUUGGCUCCGCGACAUAUACAUUGUUGUGAAAAGCAAUCUGAAGGAGAUGAAGCAGAACCUGGGGAUGAACCGCGAGAAGGAAAUUCCCUCGGUGUCUCUAAAAGCACUGAGCUGGUAGGUAAACUGAUUUGGCAAAGCCCAAAAGGUGGGGGCUGACCGAGGACAAGGAAGGAGCAGGCAAAAGCAAAAGGGCUCCGUGAACUAAGAGAUGCCAUGACUGGAAAUUCUUUACCGCUAAUGAGAAGAGGAGGAGGAGGAAGAAGAAGAAGAAGAUCAUGGAUGACAAAAAUAAUUUUCAUUUCCUCCCGUCUGUAUUUCUCCUUAUUGCUUUGUCUUCUUUCCGUCUCGCUGCUUGAAACUAUUUUUAGAUGCGGUAUAUUGAAAGUUGUGUAGAGAGGAGACGUGCUGUGCACAAAAGCUCAUCAUGGAAAUGUCGUACGUCAGUCUGGUCCGGACGAUAAUCUCUGCUGUCAAUGUGAAUUAUGGCCACUCACUGUUAUAUAUUAUUAUAGGUAUUUUAACUGCACUUAAAAAAGCACACGUGUCAGUCAUGAAACAAAACAGCUGUUCCUCAGAUCAUCGUCUCCACUGUGUGUCAAUGAGUGUAAAUACAUUGUGAAAUCAUGUAGCCAGUGUAAUGACCUCUAGAUAUCAGCUGCUGAUUUCCUUGUGCUGGAGUGAUAUUUAUCAGAAGCUCGCAUCCACGCCAGCGUAGCAUGAGCUGUUGUCACGGUAACAACAUCUUUUCCUUCCCCUGGAGGAGCGUUGGCAAUCAGAGGAGCAUAGAAUAGACGCCGUGGUCAGAGGUGAGGGAAUAAAAAAGGGGGUCACCGCCGGUUCCUGAGAGCCAAUGCGUUGUAAUAGGAUUCCAUUUGUGUACGGGUCCCCGUGUGUCCGGCCAUUCAUUGUUUGGAUAGCGGCUGAAGCCUAAUGCGGCAAAGAGCUGCGAGCAGAUUGAAUAGUAUUGAUCAGUUCUUCAGGACGUACAAUCAGUCCUCAUGGAUUACAAAAGCCUCAAGGACUGUGUGCACGCGCACUCGCGCACGCCUACAGUCACAUAGGAAUGGAGUCGUUCGGGCUAAAACACAAGUGGCUAUUUCACGGUCGGGUGGAGAUGUCGUGUCCAUGUCUGUCAAGGCCACCGGAGGAAAGGGAGGCUCGAUGCUUCCGUUAAGUUUGGAAUUUCUCCACUUCUCAAUUUCCCCGUUGGAAAAUGUCGACAACCGAGCUGGAAGAAAUGGUUUCCAGGAGUUGGAGGCUGCCAAGUGUGAAACCCAGUUCAGUUAGUAAAAAUGACUGCUAAAAUAGAACCAUUUUCAUCAGGAUAAUACAUUAAAUAUGAUAUUGUUCAGAAAACAGAGUCAAUUGGCUUCUUAUUGGCACUAAACAAAUAGGAAAUACAUGUAUUCACUUUUUUGCAAAGAUCCCACUGUUGUAUCCGACAGCUAAAUAUGAAGCAAGCUAAUUUACAAGCUAACGUACUAUAUAUUAGCAUGUAUUAGCGUAGCUGUUUGUAACAAAUGAGAUAUAGUUUGUUAGCUUUAAAGGUGAUAAAAGUUUGUUUUUGUUGCUAUGCUAAGCUAACACGUUUAGCAGACAGACACGCAAGAGGUUUCAAUCUUCUCAUUGGUUCCUAAGCUAUUAAGAAAAAGUAUUUCCCAAAAUGUUUGGCUUGAAUUUCGGUCUGAAACAUUUGCUCCGCCUGAUAAAGCCGAGAUCCUUGCAUUCCUCAUAUUUGUGAUGGUAGCCGUGGAAAGUCACUGGUCUUUAUUCUAGUUCUGCACCUCACUGAGGCUAUGAGGCAUUAUUUUAAAGUGUUUGUGUCUGAAUUCUUGUUUUCAGUGUGUCUUAGAAAUUUUGGGUCAAGAUUUCUGGUCAAAAAUUAUUGCCACUCCUGAAUUUCAAGAGCAAAAUUCUGAAUAUCUUCAGCAAUACAUGCAAAUUAACCAACUUUAUGUAAUCAGACUGUCCAAGGUUAAUGAACAAAGAAAAAUAGAAUUGCAUAAAUAGUGAAAUAAUACAAAACCCAAAUGAAUCCUGGGCACAGUUACCAUCCUUUGCCAAGAACCACAGCCUGUAAGCGUUUCCUAUAGCAGUCUCAAGCUUCCUGUACCUGCCUGCUUGUAGCUUCUGCCACUCUCCCACCACAGGAAUCCUUUUUUGCAAUGGUAGAUUUCACCUCUGCAGGUUUUCAAUGGGAUUUAGGUCAAGUCUCGUUCCUUGCCAGUCCCAUCUUUUCCUUGUCAGCCGGUCUUUUCUCCUGCUGUGUGCUGCUUGGAUCCUUGUCCAGCUGAAAAACCUAAAAGCCCGAUAUCUUUGCUUCAAAAAGUGGCUUUGCGACACACAUUUGGCUCUAAAAUGCCUUAGUAACCGGAUUUUUAUAAUUCCUUGAUACAUUCAAUCCCUCCAGCACCAGAGGCAAGAAAGCAGUCCCACAGCAUGAUUGAACCGCCUCUAUGUUUUAUUGUAGGUUGGGUGUUCUUUUGCUGAAGGGCUUCAUUUCAUCACCUUUACGCUGACCGGUGCGCGACGUUCCCAAGAGCUCUACUUCGGUUUCAUCUGUCCAUAGAACAUAAUCUGUGAAAAACUGUUUUUGCCAGCAUUGGUCCUACCUUUCUGUGCCUUUCUUUCAAUAGCGGUGUCUUUCUUGGCCUUCGUCCACGGAGCCCUGCUUGGUUUGGUGUGCAGCAUAUGAUACCAGCAGAAUCCACCAGCCCUGGUUGCUCCAGAACAGCCUGAAGUCUUGUGUGGUCUGUUUUUUAACAAUCCACAGUGACUUUCACCAACUUAACGGAUUGGGUUAGGGUUGGAUUUAGUCAAGUUAGGAUUAGAGUUAGUCAGGUUGGGGUUGGAGUUAGUCAGGUUAGGAUUAGAGUUAGUCAGGUUGGGGUUGGAGUUAGUCAGGGUAGGAUUAGAGUUAGUCAGGUUGGGGGUGGAGUCAGGUUCGGGACAGGAACAAAGCAGCUUGCAGCAUUUUCCUUGCAGCACAGAUGUCAUAUUUAAUAUCCCAUAUACUGUGAAAGGCCUAUAUGUUAUAUAAAUGACUCUAAAUGUAAUCUACCUAUCAUUUGACCUCGAUAAACUUUUGGUAGAAGUUGAAGUUGAAUCCGUGUUAAACUUUAUUCAAAUCGCCCUUUGACGAUAGUUCGAUUUGACUUAAAUCGAAGUGAAGUUUAUUGAAAGAAAGUUUUGCCUUUUUGCGAAGGAUAGAGUGGGCCAGUAAAUGCAGAGCACACAAAGUGAAAUGAUAAAGAAAGUAACGGGUCUGAAUCUCACCACAGUGCUGAAUGGAUGAUGUUGAAAUGGCAGGAGCUGGACUCUCAACAGCUUUUAUCCACAAACAGCUUCUGCUACAAAAGCCUACGUGUUACUUAUAGACUGAAAUUACAGAGUCAGACAGGCAGCAGACAGCCAGAGAUUCUUCAAUCAACUGAGGCAAUGCAAGGUUUUCAAGUCCACAUAUUUCCAUUUGUUGUACUCAAGGCUUGUUAGAAGGAAAACUGGGGCACACAGACACUUGUGGACAGCAGAAACGCCCCUGGUCAGGUUUUCUGAUUACGGCGUGGACAAUGGUGGCGCACGUAGACACAGCUUUACUUUCCCUUGGUUCUGUUGUAGGCAGGCAGUUUUAUUUUUAAAGCAUGUUUUAUACACAGAGGUAGUUUCAAGCUGCAUUAAAAACAACACAGAUGCUAUUUAAAAUCAAGUUUUAAAGUAAAAGAAAAGAGAACAAGAGCGGUGAAGAGAUUAAAAGAGGUCAAAGAAGUAAAAAGGAUAAAAGCUGUAUGAAAAAUAUCAAUAGGUUCAAGGAGUAGAAUAAUACAAGUAAUGUGUAAAAACAUAAAAUACAAUAUGAAAAAAAAGUUGAAAGUCUUGGAAAAAAAACCUGCAGUAAAAACCUCAUUGAUUAAUUCAGUCUGAAAAUCAAGCAGAGGUGAGUUUUUAUUUUCUGCAAAGAACUAAUUUAAAUCCCUCCAAACAAUGCCAAUAAUGUAUGUAUGUUUUAUUGUGGUAUUAAAAACGUUUACAGUUUAUUAAAUGUUUUGCUCAUAAACCAUCAGUUCAUCCGCACUUAUUUCUGAAGAGAUUCUGAGAAAUUCCAAGAGGCUGGUAAUUUUUUUGCUUUUAAUUAUCCAUAUGUCAGGCGGCAGCGCUACAAUAACCCCGAGUGUAGAGGAAUAUUGAUUCUUUAUUGUUACUCUCCAGUAUUUAGGCUCCAUACGUGCAGGGAGAGAAGUCAGGGAAUAGAUUUUCCUCCAGAGGAACGAGGGAAACUUUCCACAGUGCGUCUCCUGCUCAGAUAUCCAGACAGAACCAGCCUGAGAUGUGGCAGCUGUGCCAAGGUGUCCGAGGACUUGCCUUAACUGGCUCAGCCGUGGUCUCCCAGUACCUGUUAAGAGGUUUGGCACGUACUCCUAGACACUGACACACAAUGCACUGUUACACAAGAGAAUGCCAGACUAAACCUCACACAACGUUGUCGGUUGCACAAGAACUUUUUUUUUUUUUCCACACGCUGGCACGCACGUGAAAUGCGCACAGGCCCAGACUGUGUGUGUGUGUAAAAUACAAAUACACAAGCACACACACGGUGACACUCUACUCUGCGCCCGGAAGAAAUAAACACACUCGUUUCUCAACAAAUUAGCAGUAAACACGGUCGGAGCUGUUAACUCAUUUCACAUCGGUGAUGCAGAAAUAAAACAACACCUCAAUCUAAAGGGAAGACAAACAAAUCGAGCCUUUUCUUUCCACCGUGUCGACGACAUGUUCGGAUUUUUCUUUUGUUCCCGAGUGUUUCAGGCAUGCAGGACCAAGUCACUACUCCCAGUCUAUCUACAUAUACGGUGCCUGAGGAUGGAUGUUAAUGAUGAUGUUGAUAUCAUGAUGAGUACAUAUAUAUAUAAAUAAUAAACAUAUUUAUCUUCAUGUA